UCCCUCUCACCCACUCUGACUAUCUCUUCACUGCCCACUGCACUGCGUCUGCACAGAGCAAAUCAAUGGUUUUGUUGUUACUGCUGACUCUAAUGGCAUGCAAUCAUUCUUCUCUUUGAUGUAAUGCGGAACUGUUAAACGUGAAGUUAUUUUCUUAUAGCAGGCAAAUGGCUUCCUCUCGCGUCUUCAAAGCAGCCUUCAAGUCCUCAUCUGUCAUCUCAUGGAAAUCCACCGGUAAGCUUCAGCAAACAGUAGUGAACCGUAUAGAACGAACCGGACUAGGGCUCCACUCCGGUAAGAAAUCAACGGUGAGAAUAUGGCCGGAGCUUGCAGGCGAAGGUAGGUAUUUCAUGAUUGGGUCGAAUCGCAUCGACGCGUCGAUUGAUUUUGCCAAGGAGACUCCUCUGUGCACUACACUGUGCAAAGAUGGGUACACUGUGAGAACAAUCGAACACUUGCUGUCAGCUCUCGAGGCUAGCGGCGUCGACAACUGUCGCAUCGAAAUUGAAAAUUCAGUCUCUGAUGACCAAUCUGUCGAGGUUCCUAUUUUUGAUGGGUCAGCAAGGGAAUGGGUAAAUGCAAUAGAAGAAGUUGGGUUGAAGGUUGCUGCUGAUUCUGGUGGCAAAAGCUGUGAUAAGUUGGCACCUUAUGUUAAUGAACCUUUUCAUGUGUGGAAAAAUGACACUUUUGUUGCUGCAUUUCCUUCUUCAAAGCUGAGGAUCAGCUAUGGAAUUAACUUUCCUCAGGCUCCUGCAAUUGGGUGUCAAUGGUUUUCGUGUUCAUUAUCAGAUAAUUGCGUCUAUGUGGAGCAGAUAGCUUCUUCAAGAACAUUUUGCAUUUAUGAGCAGGUGGAACAAAUGUUGCAAUCAGGACUUAUUCAGGGUGGCACUCUUGAAAGUGCCAUUGUUUGUAGUGAGAGUAAAGGCUGGUUGAAUCCACCCCUCCGUUACCAUGAUGAGCCCAGCAGACACAAGGUUUUAGAUCUUAUCGGGGAUCUUUCCCUUUUUGCUAGAGCUGGUAGUCAGGGGCUUCCAGUGGCUCACAUUGUUGCCUACAAGGGAGGACAUGCAUUGCAUACUGAUUUCGCUCGUCGCUUAUCAAGAAUCGAUUGAUGAACAAACAAGCUUUCCUUAAGUUAUGGCACAUGACCUCCAGUGGAUAUUCAAUGUAAACAUGCUUGUAUUUAUAUAAAAUGUGGUGAAUGUUAUUAUAUUGAUGGAUUGACUCAUUGAAAAUUAUAGUGAUGGAUAUUAAUAUGGAACAUGAUGAAUAAUGGUGGGUGCAGUCAAUUGAAUUAUGAGGUGUAGUUGAUAGAAUAAUUUGUGCUGCAGGAGGAGGCCUUUGAGUUACAGUUAGAGCCCAGUUGUCAAAGAAACAGACAAUGGCUGCCGGUAUAGUCCAAAGUGGCAAAUUAUACAAUGUACCAUGAUCCACAUUAUAAUUUACCCCAUAAAUAAAUGUUUAUUUUUAAUAUAUUAAAUA